UGUCGCCGUCACCGCGUGGGACUGAUUCGCGGCGCUAGACGAAUCCAUCUUUGAUGUCAUCGUUCCCGUCCCCACGGCCUCACCAUCGCCCUCGUCUCGUGACCUGACCCAGGCCAGUCCAUACCUCGCCUUACGCUCGGCUGCACCUGAGCCUUGGUAGUCUGAAGUAGGUCCUACUGAGGUGCGCUUUUAGUCGCGGCACCCCCGUGUUCGCGCAUCGCACCACCGUCAGAUAGAUCCCAGAUCCCAAAUAUCACGUCACAACCUCUCGGCCCAUGUCACGCCAGCUUCCUCCACCGGCACCACGAAGCUCCAGCUCCCGCUCCUGGUUCAACUCUACCUCCAUUUUCCUCUUACAUAUCUACGAAUGCGUGAGUGAGCGGCAUCGAUCUUGCCUCCCGUCCUCAUGAUCUGGUACCUGUUGUACCCGUUUCGAGGAACAACGGAAGCACCUGUCCUUGCUCCAUCUCACCCUCUGCGCAAUGGACUCGCUCGCUAUGGCUCCUAUGCCGCCAGCCAUGUUGUCACUACCCUGCUCGUCUCCGUGGCCGUGGCCACCAUGUUCAUCUACCCCAUUCCUUUCCUCUUCACCACUGACUUCAUCAAUGGCGCCUCAAAUCUACCCCACCAUGCAUGGACUGUCGCCCAGCCGCUGCCCUAUGGCGCUGCUAUUCACCCGGAUGUCAUGAUGCGCUCCAUCUGGGUUCAUUCCAGUUACAUGCAGGCCCUUGACAAGUCCCUCCUCUCUUCAGCCCUCGACCUCCAGGAUCAACUCCUAGGUUCCACCGAAAGCUUCAACCCCAGUCGUGCUCGUCGCGAAGACCGCCUUCUCCCGCAAGACCACGACAUUGAUCUCUCUCCCCUACAGCGCGAUGCUUUCCACGCCAUCAAUGGCUUGACCAACCAGUCUUGGUUCUUUCAUUCGCCGCUCCAGUAUUGGGACUGCUCCAAGGAACGCAUCUUAGCUGAUCCCGAUAUCCUGACAACUGUCAACGACAGAAAGAACCAGUCAACCUCGGUCAACGUAACGCUCAGGCACUCUAUUGUUUUCAGCGGCAAGCGCUUCGAAGAACGCCGUCUAAUGGCCGCCGACGCCCUCGUCAUUACCCUCGUGUACCUGCGAGAUUCUCCCGUUGGUCGACAGUGGGAGAGAAAGGCGGCCACGAUUCCAGAAAAAAUCGGCAACAAGUGGGACGUGUAUCCUCCAGACGGUCGAACCUCAGCCAGCCAGCUUUAUGAGUUUCACUUCCGGCCAAUUUCUCGACAAGACUCUGUCAUCCUUACCAUCGCCUAUGGACUGACUGCUUUGUACUUUUUUAUGAGCCUGUCCAAGCUUCGGGCCUUCAAGUCCAAGUUUGGCCUCAUUCUCACAGUUAUCACCCAAAUUGCUUUCUCCCUCAUGUCUAGCUUCACCAUCUGCGCCAUCUUUAGGACUGACUUGUCCCGUAUUCCUCGGGCAGCUUACCCUCUAGUAGUGCUGGCCAUGAGCUUAGAGAACAUAUUCAGGCUGAUAAACUCUGUCAUUCUGACGCCAUCUGAGGAUAGCACGAGCAGUCGGAUAGGACACGCAUUUGGCGAUACGGCGUAUACUGCAAUUGCCAGCUCCAUGCAAAAUGUUAUCAUCUUGACGGUACUAUCCCGAUGGGUUUCGCCUGGCGUGUCGGAGUUUUGCACUUUUGCAGCCAUCGCUAUCGUGUUCGAUCUCUUCUACCUUUCGACUUUCUUCUUGUCGGUUCUAAGCGUUGAUGUGCGACGGACAGAGCUCAGCGAUGCUCUCGCCAAAGCGUCCAUGAGACACAACUGGAACGCAUCGGAGGCGAAGACUCACUCUGCUUUGGACCUUGUCCUCCGAGGCAAGGCCACCAUGUCGACCCGCAUUGCAGGAACCAUCAUCAUGCUCGGCUUCGUCCUGAUCGCACAAUGGCACUUUUUCGAAGACGAGACCAUCUGCCAUUUUCUCGGCCGGAUACUGCGAGAAACUGUGCAUAGUGAGGCCAUUAUGUCUGAUCACUCGUCUCUGGAUGGAUUACAUCAAGCCCGGAGCCCGAAAUCUUGGCUGCGGCUACAGGAUCACGAAACCGCGCACGAGAUUAUCAGCAUCAUCAAGCCUUCAGCACAUAGCUAUGUUGCACGUGUCUAUGAGCCCGUGGUCUUCGUUAUGAAGGACUCUGAUCGCAUGCCUAAUGUCAAGGAACCGACCCUUCUGCCGGCUGCGUACGACUUCUUCAAUCACCAGCUUACCCGCUUUCUCGUCAUUGUGAUAGUGGUUCUUGCUGCCGUCCGGCUCUUGACCAACUACCUGCUCUGGGAAGACGACGCUGGUGAUGAUAAGCAUCACCACUUGGAUAGCGACCCUCUGCUAUCGGUCAAAUCCUUCGCUGGAGGGCAUGUGCUCGACAUUGCCAUGCUAGCCGCAUCUCCUGACGGCCAUGUCGCAUCGGUCGGGCUUGAUCGCCUAAUUUGCAUUUGGGAUGUCCGACCGGGUGGCAUAAACUACGUGAUUAUAGACGGGGAAAAGAAUGACGAAGUACCCUUCCCCGUUUUGGCCAUGGCAAUGGACGGCGACUCAGAGUGGCUUGCCAUCUUGUCGUCGUACAAAGUGGUGUUGUGGAACCUCAAAGAACGGAGAUGGGGACCCACGUUGCCAGUCGACCUCUACGGCCAGAAGCCAGAGGCCUUCUUCUUCACACCGUCUAAUCAGAAUGACGAUAUACCCAGACUAGUGGUAGUACGGCGGAAUGGAACACUGACAGAAUUCGCACCCGACCUUGGGGUGGGAGAGGACUUUGGUGUCUGCCGGAGUCCAUUGACGUGCGUCCAGCCUCUAGUCGAAAAAGUAGGCAGGCAGUCAUCCCCAGCCAAGGUAUCAGUCGUCACGGCAUCUCGACGAGGGUGCGUUCACGCAGCAAUACGAGAGCCGUCGUCUUGGAAGUCGCGCGGCGUGGAGCUUGAGGGGCUAGACGGUCACGCGGUACAUCAAGUCGUUCCCUUGCCAUCACUGGGGUUGUUUCUCAUUGCCGGGGCGAAUCGCGUUCACCUUGUCAAUCUGGAGGACCACACCCUCAUUCAUACGUUUCAAACGGAAAACAUGGGCCCGCGCUCUCUCCAGAGCGCACAUUCCUCACGGCAGUCAGCACAGACAGGAAGUGGAGGUCUAACGUGGCUCACUCUCUGCUAUACCGAGGCUGAGACUGGGGACUGUAUUAUACAUUCGUAUGUUCCACCGGAGGACAGCGAUUUUAUUUGCUUUGAUAGCUCUGCCGUACCCAUCAGCAGAGGCUGGUGCUCAUGGGACUCGGCUGAGGAGACGAAGAGACAUGUGGAGAACCCUGGGACCUGGGACAUCGUCUCUGAUGGCAGCGUCGUGGGUGUCCGGCAAAAGUCGUGGCAGCGUCGAGGUGUCACAGCUGAGAGCAGACGCAGAGCAGACGGAUUACGGCAUCGGUCACCACGCAAGGAAACCAGCAGGGACGUCUUUGGGCGUUGGGAGGUGUGGACAGUAUCCCAACUUAGUCGGAUGAGGACAGACGAAACACGACAGUUGUUUCAAGACGACGAGAAGUCGGGGCACCUGAUGGUGUCGGAGCUUGGCCCCAUGAUCAGGGUGGGACAGCGAUCAGUGGCAUUCAGUUUUGGAAACGUCGUCAAGCUGAUGACGGUGGGCGGACACGAACGAUUUGAUGUCGGUGCCGGGGAUACUGAUCGAGAGCAUCUAAAUGUGGGCAGCAGGCGCCGUAAAGGGGGGCGUGAUGCCGCGGCCAGGGGCGUGGAGCUAAAUGGCCAACCACAUACGAGAAAAAGAGAAAUACUUUUGGGCCUGGGUUGAUUUCUGCAGGCUUUGGUAUACCCUGGCAUGAGUUGGAAUAGAGGAGGCGCACGGUACGGUUGGUUGAAGAUUGUUGGAUGAUUGAUUCCAGCAAGGGAACGGAAACGGAGAACAGGACAAUGGGGGCGUCACAAAAUGGGCUCAGCCGGCGUUUUGCUGCCAUAGAGGAUCGAAUUGAAUAGCGAGAUGCGAAGAGGGUAGAAUUGUGUCCCUCGCGAAUCUUGCCGGCUUGCCAGCCUGCGAGGUCAUGUCACUUGGUAGCUGUCUCUGUUGCUUGCAUGUGUCCCUGUG